AUGCCUAAUGCUCAGCAAGCCAAAGCUUUGGGUGCAUCGCUGGUGAACGAGCCUAUCGAUGCCAUUUUCACGUCGGAUCUGAAACGGUCAGCAGAUCCAGAAACAGAACAGUGGCUCUCCCUCCUUGAAGACCGACCCCGGACUUCGAGAACAGUACUUUGGCAAAGCCGUUCGGCACGAGCCGGGGCAACGGCUUCUUCAGAGAGUCGGGCCGCGUCUUCAGGUUCCCAGAGGGCGAGUCUUUGGAGGACGUGCGCGAUCGUGCCAACGAAGCAGCCUGCACUCCGGGAGCAUUAUGGCCACCCUGCUGCGGCUUACCAUAUCGUAGUUGUCGCGCACGGCAUCUUCAACUACGAGCUCAUGGGCGCUUUGCUGGUUCGCCGACCUGAAGGCAUUGAGAAGAACUGGACAUAUAGAGGAAUGACGAAUAUAGGGUACAUCGGAGAGAUGUCGCCACACCGUAUCGCACUCGCCCAGCUGCCUACUCUACCUCCGCUGGAAGUCGACACUAUGGCCCUUGACGUGACGACUCACCUGGAGGGAGUCAAGAGACAACGAGGUGGAAUUGGCUCGGCCGGUUUCGACGCCAAGCAACAAUCCAUCAAGAAAUUCCUCAGUGGAGCUCAGGAAUGA